UUUUGAUUGGACUGUUGCCAGAGCUCAUUAGCAUAGUGUACCCUGACCUGGAAUAGGCAACAGCAGCCUUUGCUUAGAAGUGACCAGAGCCUGCUGGGACCUGAACCAGAGAUGAGAUUUUAUGACACGGUGCUGUCAUAAGAAGUCUACAUAAGAAGUCAGAAGCAUCAGAAAGCAGUCUCCCUGUCUGGGCUGUGUGAGUGGGCUCAUCUUGACCACAUUAAAGCCGUUGCGAGCAAAAUUCUCAAACUUUUCUGAGGGAAUUUGAAUAGACGAAAUCCUGUGGGUGACUUGAGCUUAUCAUGGAACCAGAUGACGUUGAUUCUGAGGACAAGGAGAUACUAAACUGGGAUAUUAAUGAUAUGAAACUGCCACAGAAUGUAAAAAAAACUGACUGGUUCCAGGAGUGGCCAGAUUCCUACGCAAAGCACAUCUACAGCUCAGAGGACAGGAGCGCACAGAGGCACCUGAGCAGCUGGGCCAUGCGCAACACCAACAACCACAACUCCCGCAUCCUCAAGAAGUCCUGCCUGGGCGUGGUGGUGUGCAGCCGUGACUGCUCUGCUGAGGAGGGUCGCAAGGUCUACCUGCGCCCUGCCAUCUGUGACAAAGCCCGGCAGAAGCAGCAGAGGAAACGCUGUCCCAACUGCGAUGGGCCUUUGAAGCUAAUUCCUUGCCGAGGUCACGGGGGCUUCCCGGUCACCAACUUCUGGAGGCACGACGGACCCUUCAUCUUUUUCCAGUCAAAGGGAGAGCACGAUCAUCCAAAACCGGAAACCAAAGUAGAAGCAGAGGCAAGAAGAGCGAUGAAGAAAGUGCACACGGCGUCUUCCUCCGCCUCUCUGAAGCUGAAGCGGGGCUCAGAGACAAAGUGUCUUCCAGGUGAAACACAGAAUCGGGAAAGUUUACCUUUAACUUGGUCUUUCCAAGAAGGUGUCCAAUUGCCUGGUAGUUACAGUGGACCUUUAAUUUCUAACAGUCCCCAGCAGAGGUCACUGAAUGGUUGCUUAUCCUUCUCCAAGAGUUAUGGUUUUGGGGGGACCACUGAUCUGGCUGAUCCCCCAGCCAGCUUGGGCCCCACUAAGCUCUAUGAGAAAUGCAAAUUGUCCAAUAGUAGGAUCUACAAUAGUGCAGACCUGCUUCAGCCUUCUGUCUCUGGAAUUUAUUCGGAUUACGAGGAUCUGCAAGCAUGGAAUAAAAAUGUGGCUUUGGGAAGAAAUCCUCUUAAUGACAAAUGUUGCCCCAGUUAUCCUUUUCCUCUGGCCAGCUGGCCUUACGACUUCUCCCCUUCCCUGAACUCCUCAGAACCCUGUUUCCAGCAGAUUCCUGUGGAACCACCUGCAGCCAAAACUAGCUGUCACCCAUUAUGGCCAAAUCCAGGGGGUGAUCUUUAUGAAGAGAAGGUACAUGUGGAUUUUAACAGCUACUUCCCUUCCACCACAUACCAUUCACCCCAGGAGGACCCUUUUCUCCUCACCUAUGCCUCUCACCCUCACCAUCAAUAUUCCCUGCCAGGUAAGAGCAGCAAAUGGGAUUUUGAUGAAGAAAUGAGAUGCAUGGGUUUAGAACACUGCAACAAUGAAAUGCUUCUGAAUCUCUGUCCUUUAAGAUGACUCACGUCUUUCACAAUCCGCCCUUCCCCUCCCCCAAAAAUGGUGUUUUGGGAAAUAGCUGAAAGGAUUUUUUUUUUUUUGGAAGCAGUUUUCAAAAAAUAAACCAAACCCUUUGCCACUGAGUCGAUUCCAAUAGAGAGAAAUCGGAAUCCUGUGACAAGCUGAGGGCAAGAUGUCUUUCUUCACACAAAAAGCAACAUUUUGGGCCUGUCCUUCUCCACUCUUGGACUCCCAUUCUUAGCAAGGAAUGAAAACUUGCCCAUCUGUGAAGUGAAAUGCUUUCUGCUUAUUCUCGCAUUGUUUGUGGCUCUCAGCACCUCGGUUGCAUUAUCUGUCGGCUUUCCAUUGUCCCUGAUGCAUAUCAAACAGCAGAGAUGUAAAAAACUCACCUACCUAGGAUCACUGCAUUCAAAUUGUGGUAGUAAUGAAGAAUAUUGAAUAUAUUGUGGACUGCCAGAAAAACAAACAAGUCAGCCUUAGAAGAAAUACGACCAGAAUUCUCUUUAGAAAUGAAGAUGGUGAGACUUUGGCUUAUUUACUUUGGACACAUCAUCAGGAAAGACCAAUCAUUAGAAAAGGGUAUUAUGUUUGGUAAUGUGGAGGGUCAGAAAAAAUGAGGGUAACCCUCAAUGAGAUGGAUAGACAAGAUAGCUGAAAGAAUUGACUCAAACGUGCCAGCUAUCAAGAAGAUGGCUCAGGACUGAGCAACAUUUCAUUCUAUUAUACUUAAGAUCGCCAUAAGGUGGAGCCGACUGGACAACAACAAACAACAACACCUAGAAUCACAUGACACCUUCUUGGGGACUGUGAGAAGGAAGGAACCAGCAGAGAGGGUUACAGAGCUGUAGGAAUGUAGAGAGUUGAGCUUAUACCCGAAAUAUUUAAAACUUCGUCUAGUUGUGUUUUCCAAUUGAUUUCUAAGACUUACCAAACAAGGAAUAUGACCUAACUCAAUUUAAUAAAGAACAGCAAAAUUAAAUGGCAACACGAAGAGAAAUUCUGGUGGCGGCAAAUGGUCUCCUAUGUCUAUCCUUCCUUCUUCUUCUUCACUGUCUUCCCUGUCCGUGAAGGCUUACAUUUUGUCCAGUUCAUCUUUAUUCUUUAUAGCACCUAACUCAGUGCCAGGUUCAUAAUAUGUGCUUGAUAAAACGUUUGCUUAAUGAACAUGGCUGUCAUCAGCCAGCCACAUUAUGAAUGCCAGUUCCUCUUGUGACCUGAAGUAUUUUACAAUAAAUGUGAGCCUGGAUGUCAAAUCUGAAAAGAACCAAGCAACAAAUAAAUAUUUAUUAAAAAAAUGAUUUUCUUUCCUAUUUGAAUGGUAAUACACAUGAUACAAAUUUCAAAACUGAAAAAGCAGUCUCCUGGUUCUGGUUUCCUCCCUGAGGUACUUGUGUAUUCGUCCAGAGAUGGGAGGUAUUCUCUGUAUGUGUGUAUAUGUACGUAUGUGUGUGUUUGUGUAUGACCAGUUUCUUGUGUAUUCGUCCAGAGAUGGGAGGUAUUCUCUGUAUGUGUGUAUAUGUACGUAUGUGUGUGUUUGUGUAUGAAUAUAUAAAUAUACACAGACACACACAGUCUAUUCUCAUUAUUUGUUAUUUGCGGUAGUUACUUGCGUUCUAUGAAGUCCCUACAAAUGCAAACACUGAACCAGCCUUGCUCAACUUUAACUGGGAAUUUUUCGCAGCUCUAUGAAUGAUCCAGAAAGCACCUCAAGUAUUUUUAGGAAUAGGUGAAAUCACGAAUGUGGAAUCUGUGAAUAAUGAGGAUUGACUGUGUAUGUAUGUCUGUGUGUUUAAAUAGAUAUAAAUGGCCCCAUACCAGGUUCAUUUCGAAACAAUUUGGACAUCAGGUCCAUAAUAUGAGUGUAGGAUUACAACCUGCCUUUUUUUUUUUCUUUCUUUUUUUAAAACCAUACUUCAGAUGAAGGUUUACAGAACAAAUUAAUUUAUCAUUAAACAGUUAGUACAUGUUUUGUUUUAUGACAUUAGCUAACAACCCCACAACAUGUCAACACUCUCCCUUUUCAACCUUGGGUUCCCUGUUAGCUUUCCUUUCCCCUCCUGCCUUCCAGUCCUUGCCCCUGGGCUGCUGUGCCCCUUUAGUCUCGUUUUAUUUUAUGUCUCAUCUUUGGCUGAAGGGUGAGUCUCAGGAGUGACUUCAUUACUCUUGGGGUUUCUCCAGCCUCAGUCAGGCCAGUUAAGUCUGGUCAUUUUUUGAGAGUUAGAGUUUUGUUCUACAUUUUUCUCCAGCUCUGUCUGGGACCCUCUCUUGUGAUCCCUGUCAGAGCAGUCAGUGGUGGUAGCCAGGCACCAUCUAGCUGUGCUGGACUCAGUCUGGUGGAGACCAUUGUGGAUGUUGUCCACUAGUCCUGUGGACUAAUCUUUCCCUUGUAUGUUUAGUUUUCUUCAUUCUUCCUUGCUCCCGAAGGGGUGAGACUAUUUUAGUAUCUUAGAUGGCCGCUCACAGACAACCUGCCUUAUUUUUAAUGGUGUGUGAUACACUACAAAGCAGCUGUAGUGGCGCAGUGGUUAAGUGCUUGGCUGCUAACCGAGAGGCCAGCUUUUGGACCCACCAGUCACUCAGUGGUAGAAAAGAUAUUGCGAUCUGCUCCCAUAAUGAUUAUAGCUUAGAAAACCUUAAGGGGCAGUUCUACUCUGUCACAUAGUGCCUCUAUGAGUUGAAAUGAACUCAACAGCACACAACAACUACAUAUUACAUGCCUGUAUUAUAAUUUACUUAAAUAGUCCCCUAUUGAUAGACACUUAAAAUAAAAAAAAUGAUAGACACUUAGAUU